AUGACAACAGACCAACUCCCUCCCCGUGCUGAAUGGUACGACAACUUUAUGUCGGGCCUGACCAAAAAGUCCAAGUACAUGCCCUACUGUAUCUCCCUUGGAGUCGUCGGCGUCGCUGAGCUGGGAUUCAACGUGUGGCAACGCCGCAAGGAACCAGACCUCGAGGUGCAGUCCAAGAAGCGUCUCCAGGGCUGGAUCAAUCAGGCCAAGACGAUUGCUGCAGCUGCCGCCCUCUCGGGUGCCUCACCUCGCGUCGCCAUCGUCACAGGUGGCAAUGCCGGCCUUGGUCUGCAUACCUCGAAGGCGCUGGUCGAAGGCGGAUACCGCGUCGUCAUUGCUUGUCGUUCGGUCAAGAAGGGAGCCGAGGCGGUCCAAACGAUCGAAGAGCAGACAGGUAUCAAGGGCAUGGCGUCCGUCAUGGCGUUGGACCUUUCUUCAUUCGAGAGCAUCAAUGCAUUUUCUGUUGAGUUUAAACUCCUCGGACUCGGACUCGAUCUCCUCGUCAACAACGCGGGAUUGAUGGACAUCCCAUUCACACUGACAACCGACGGAUUCGAAUCCCAAUUCGGAGUCAACCACCUGGGCCACUACAAGCUCACCCUCGAACUCCUCCCCCUCCUCAACAAGUCCCACCACAGCGACAGCCGCAUCGUCGUUCUCUCCUCUGCAGCCAUGUACCCCUCCCAAGGAAUCCCCUACACCCAACUCCGUUCAAAACCCGGCUACUCCCGCCUCGGCUCCUACGCCCACUCCAAGCUCGCCAACAUGCUCUUUGUCAAAGCCCUCAACCGUCGUCUCUCCGCCGCAGGUUCCAAGGUUACUGUUAACGCGGCCCACCCGGGCACAUGCAAGACGGACCUGUUUUCGAACAACCCAAUCGCGAAUCUGCCCAAGGGUCCUGCAAAGGGGAUGUUUCGGUCUGUGGAGGUUGGGGCGAUGGGGGCGGUUUAUUUAGCAUUGGCGCCGGAAUUGGAUGGUGUUUCAGGGGAGUACUUUUUUGAUCAAAUUGUUAGGAUGCCUUCUGCUAAUGCUUUGGAUGAACAGCAGCAGGAGGAGUUGUGGGUCAAGAGUGUCGAGUACACUGGUGUUGAUUUCAAGUUGUGA